AUGCUAUUACUUCGUGGCUGGCUUGCUACUGCCUUAUACCUUUCGGCAGUAUGGGCUUUGACCAUCACGGAAAACACCGUCAGUGUUUCUCCUGUCAGCUUAUCAAUUGGCAGUCUUACCAUCAACCCUGAUGUGUACUACUCCAUCGUCAACAACUUGCUUACCACCCUUGGAGGAAGCUUGGAUAACCAGGGUGGCUUCUAUGUGACUUCUGCCAACGGCUUGGCCGCUUCGGUGUCCAUUGUGUCGGGCUCCAUUAGAAACUCAGGCGACCUUGCCUUCAAUUCCUUGAGGGCCAGUGUGGUGAGUAACUAUAACUUGAACUCCGUGGGCAGCUUUGUCAAUUCGGGUAACAUGUGGCUUGGUAUCAGUUCGUACUCCUUGACGCCACCUAUUAUCCUUGGUUCCGCUACCAAUUGGCAGAAUACUGGUAAGAUCUACUUGAGUCAGACUUCGGGCUCUGCAUCCACCAUCACCAUCUCCCAGGCCUUGGGUUCGGUCACUAACGAUGGUACAAUGUGUAUUGAGCGUUUGAGUUGGUUGCAAACAACCAGUAUCACCGGUUCGGGUUGUAUCAACGUCAUGGACGACGCUCACCUCCAGCUCCAGAUCAGUCCCUGGAACGUUGCUAACACACAGACCAUCUACCUUUCCUCUGGCUCUUCUAUGAUGUCUGUGCUUGGUCUCUCGCAGAGUAUCACUGGCACAAAGACUUACCACGUUGUUGGUUUCGGUAGUGGCAACCAGAUCCGUGUCAACACUGGUUUCACCUCGUACAGUUACUCCAACGGUGUCUUGACACUUUCUUUCUUCCUUGGUGUUUUUAAGAUCGCUUUCAACAUUGGUACUGGCUACUCUAGCUCGGGCUUCUCUACUAACGGUGUCUUGGGCGCUGGAACAAGAAUCUCCUACAGUGGUGCUUAUCCUGGCAAUAUUCCUUCCAUUUGUCAGUGUGAGGACUUCCCUGAGCCUACUACUACACCAUUGCCUUCGUCUACGCUUUCUAGCUCCAGCUCAGUGCCAUCUUCAAGCCUGAUCACCUCUUCUGAAUCGCUGUCAGCAGCACAGUCUUCCAGUGAGCCAGCUUCUUCCAGUGAGCCAGCUUCUUCCAGUGAGCCUGCUUCUUCCAGUGAACCAGCUUCUUCCAGUGAGCCAGCUUCUUCCAGUGAACCAGAAACAAGCUCUGAUCUUGGCCUUACUGAGUACACCACUACCUGGACUACCACCGACGAGAACGGUGAUCCUGAGACUGACUCGGGUGUUGUUAUUGUGACCACCGACCAGGAUGGUUCUUUGACUACCACCACUUCGCUCUUCCCUCCUGAAGCUAGUUCUUCAGAGAGUUCUUCUGAAGAGCCUCCAUUCACCACCUACACUACUACUUGGACAUCGGACGGUGAGGAUGGACCUGAAACCGACUCAGGAGUCGUCAUUGUUACUACUGAUGAGAAUGGUGAUGUUACUACUACUACGUCUAUAAUUCCUGCCGAGACUCCGUCUGAGAGCGCUAGUGAAAGUUCUGCUGAGGAGCCUCCAUUCACUACUUAUACUACUACAUGGACUUCUGACGGCGAAGAUGGACCCGAAACCGAUUCAGGUGUCGUUAUCGUCACUACUGACGAGAAUGGGGAUGUUACAACUACUACUUCUAUAAUUCCUGCCGAGACUCCUUCUGAGAGUGUUGGUGAAAGUUCUUCAGAAGAACCCCCAUUCACUACUUAUACUACUACAUGGACCUCGGACGGUGAAGACGGCCCAGAGACUGACUCUGGAGUCGUUAUUGUCACAACUGAUGAGAAUGGUGAAGUUACCACCACCACCUCGCUUUUCCCUCCCGAAGCUAGUUCGUCGGAGAGCUCCUCUGAAGAACCUCCUUUCACUACUUACACCACUACAUGGACCGCUGAUGGCGAAGAUGGGCCAGAGACAGAUUCAGGAGUCGUCAUCGUUACUACUGAUGAGAAUGGCGAUGUUACUACUACUACUUCCAUUAUUCCUGCUGAAACGCCUUCUAGUGAAAGUUCUUCGGAAGAACCUCCAUUCACUACUUACACCACUACUUGGACUUCGGAUGGUGAAGAUGGACCUGAGACUGACUCUGGAGUUGUCAUUGUCACUACUGACGAGAAUGGUGAAGUUACCACUACUACUUCUAUAAUUCCCGCCGAGACUCCUUCUGAAAGCGCUGGUGAAAGCUCUUCUGAAGAACCUCCAUUCACCACCUACACUACUACAUGGACUUCUGAUGGCGAGAACGGUCCAGAGACAGAUUCUGGAGUUGUGAUCGUGACCACUGACCAAGACGGUGCUUUGACAACCACCACCUCGAUCAUUCCUCCUGAAAGUUCUUCUGAGGCUCCCCAGUUUACUACUUACACUACUACAUGGACCUCAGAUGGUGAAGAUGGACCUCAAACCGACUCAGGUGUGGUGAUUGUGACUACUGAUGAAGAUGGUGCUUUGACUACGACGACAUCUACUUUCCCUCAACCUUGGACCACUUAUACCACAACCUGGACUUCGGACGGCGAAGAUGGUCCUGAGACUGACUCGGGAGUGGUAAUUGUUACUACUGACGAAAAUGGAGAUGUGACCACUACAACCUCCACCAUUCCUCAGCCUUGGACCACCUAUACUACUACUUGGACCUCUGACGGUGAAAAUGAUUCUGGCGUUGUUAUCGUUACUACGGAUGAAAACGGAGCAAUCACCACCACGACUUCUACCAUUCCUCAGCCAUGGACUACUUACACAACUACCUGGACUUCAGAUGAUGAGACCAACUCUGGUGUGGUGAUCGUUACUACUGAUGAGAAUGGCGACUUAACCACUACUACAUCGACCAUUCCUGCUCCAUUCACCACUUAUACUACCACUUGGACUUCAGAUGGAGAGAAUGGUCCUGAGACAGACUCUGGUGUUGUCAUCGUGACUACUGACGAGAACGGUGAUAUUACAACUACUACUUCUACAAUUCCUCAGCCAUGGACCACCUAUACUUCUACAUGGACCAGUGACGGUGAGAAUGGACCAGAGACCGACUCGGGAGUUGUGAUUGUUACCACCGAUGAGAACGGAGAGAUCACCACUACCACAUCUGUCAUUCCUCCUCCAUGGACAACGUAUACUAGUACUUGGACUUCCGAUGGCCAAACUGAUUCAGGUGUUAUUAUUGUGACUACAGAUGAGAACGGUGAUUUGACUACUACUACCUCCACCAUCCCUCAACCAUGGACCACCUAUACUACUACCUGGACUAGUGAUGGAGAAACCGACUCUGGAGUAGUCAUUGUCACCACUGACCAAAAUGGAGAGUUGACUACUACUACUUCGACGAUCCCACAGCCAUGGACCACCUACACCACUACCUGGACUUCUGAUGGUGAAGAUGGCCCUGAGACGGAUUCUGGUGUUGUUAUCGUUACUACGGAUGAGAAUGGUGAAAUCACUACAACGACUUCUACUAUUCCUCAACCUUGGACUACUUACACCACUACCUGGACCUCUGACGACGAGAACGGUAAUCCUCAAACUGAUUCCGGUGUCGUGAUUGUCACAACCGACCAGGAUGGAGCAUUGUCCACUACUACGUCUACCAUUCCACAGCCUUGGACCACCUAUACUACUACUUGGACAUCGGAUGGUGAAAAUGGACCUGAGACUGACUCUGGUGUCGUUAUUGUUACAACUGACGCUGAUGGCUCGCUUACAACAACCACAUCAAUCAUUCCUCAACCUUGGACCACUUUUACUACUACCUGGACUUCUGAUGAUGAGAAUGGAAACCCAGUAACCGAUUCGGGUGUGGUGAUUGUCACUACCGACGACCAAGGUGCCUUGACGACCACGACUUCUACCAUUCCUGCUCCAUUCACCACCUAUACUACUACUUGGACUUCUGAUGGAGAGAAUGGACCAGAAACUGAUUCUGGUGUUGUCAUCGUGACUACAGACGAAAACGGCGAAUUGACCACCACCACUUCGACAAUCGCCCAGCCUUGGACUACUUACACUACUACGUGGACUUCCGAUGACGACAAUGGUAAUCCUCAGACAGACUCUGGUGUUGUUAUAGUCACUACUGACCAGGACGGUGCUUUGACCACGACCACUUCUGUGAUUCCUGCUCCAUGGACCACCUACACCUCGACUUGGACGUCUGAUGGCGAAGACGGUAAUCCUGUGACAGACUCUGGUGUGAUUAUUGUGACAACUGAUGCCGAUGGUUCUCUUACAACCACCACUUCCAUUAUUCCUCCACCGUUCACUACCUAUACUACUACUUGGUUCAGUGACGAUGGCAAUGGAGACGCACAGACAGAGUCUGGUGUGGUUAUUGUGACAACAGACAGCGACGGUGCUCUUUCUACCACCACUUCGAUCAUCCCUGCUCCAUAUACUACUUACACUACUACCUGGACCAGUGAUGGUGAGAACGGACCAGAAACUGAUUCCGGUGUUGUGAUUGUUACAACUGAUGAGAAUGGUGCUUUGACCACUACCACUUCUAUCAUCCCUGCUCCAUUCACUACUUACACGACAACUUGGACUCAAGAUGGAGAGGCUGGUCCAGAAACUGAUUCCGGUGUUGUGAUUGUUACAACUGACGAGAAUGGUGCCUUGACCACUACCACUUCUAUCAUUCCUCCUGAAGGCACUCCAUCUCAGAGUUCGCCAGAGUCUCCUCAGUUCACUACCUUCACUACCACUUGGACUACAACUAAUGAGAAUGGUGACCCAGAGACCGAUUCCGGUGUUGUUAUCGUGACUACUGAUGAGGAUGGUGCCUUGAGUACUACUACUUCUAUUAUCCCUAACCAGUUCACUACUUACACUACCACUUGGACCACAGAUGGACCUGACGGACCUGAAACUGACUCUGGUGUUGUGAUCGUUACUGCUGACGACGAAGGUCAGUUGUCUACAACAACCUCGCUCUUUGACCGUCCUUGGACUACCUAUACUACCACUUGGACCACCACGGACGAUAACGGUGAUGAAGUUACCGAUUCUGGUGUUGUGAUUGUGACUACAGACGCUGAUGGUGCUUUGACCACGACUACUUCCAUCAUUGCAGCUGAAGCUACUCCUUCUGACAGUUCUGCUGAAGCUCCACCAUUCACCACUUUCACUACUACUUGGACAUCUAACGAUGAAAAUGGUAACCCAGUGACUGACUCUGGUGUUGUGAUUGUCACCACUGAUGCUGAUGGAUCUUUGACUACAACCACCUCGUUGAUUCCAGCCGAAGCUACUCCAUCUGAUAGUGCUGUUGAAGAGCCUCCAUAUACCACCUUCACAACUACUUGGACGACUACUGAUGAGAAUGGUGAUCCAGUGACGGACUCUGGCGUUGUAAUUGUUACUACUGAUGAAAAUGGUGCCUUGACAACCACUACAUCUAUCAUUGAGAACCCAUUCACAACCUACACCACCACUUGGACUUCCACUGAUGAGAAUGGCAACGCUGUUACUGAUUCUGGUGUCGUUAUUGUCACUACUGAUAGCAAUGGUGACUUGAGUACUACUACUUCGAUUAUUGCCGCUGAAGUGACACCUACUGAAAGCUCGUCUGAUGUUCCACCAUUCACCACCUUGACAACCACUUGGACCGCCACGGAUGAAAACGGUGAUGUUAGAACUGACUCUGGUGUGGUGAUUGUUACCACUGACGCCGAUGGUGCCUUGACCACUACUACGUCCAUCAUUCCUCCAGAGGUUACAGCAUCUGAGAGUAGCCCAGGUUCUCCAUUCACUACUUACACCACCACCUGGACUUCUGAUGGCACUGAUGGCCCUGAGACCGACUCUGGUGUUGUUGUGGUGACGACUGAUGAGAAUGGUGAAUUGACUACGUCGACAUCUUUGUUGCCUAAGGCUUUUACUUCCUUCACCACCACUUGGACUGCUACAGAUGAAAAUGGCGAUGUCCACACCGAUUCAGGUGUUGUCAUUGUUACCACGGAUGAAAACGGUGAUUUGGCUACCACAACUUCUGUGUUCCCACCUGAAGGCUCUCCAACUGAAAGCACUCCAGGUACUCCUCCUUUCACCACCUUCACCCUGACAUGGACUUCUACCGGUGAUGAUGGUGAGCUUCACACUGAUUCAGGAGUUGUGAUUGUCACUACAGAUGAAAACGGAGCUUUAUCUACUACCACUUCCCUUUUCCCUCUGGACUUCACAACUUACACCACCUCAUGGACUACCACGGACGAGAAUGGCAACCCUGUUACUGACUCAGGUGUUGUCAUUGUGACUGCUGACCAGGAUGGUGGCUUGACAACGACAACUUCCCAGUUCCCUCCAGUGACUACCCCAGAUGUCUCAGGCCUCACUUCUUUCACUUCUACCUGGACCACUACCAACGAGAACGGUGAUGAAGUGACCGACUCAGGCGUGAUCAUAGUGACCACUGACUCAGAUGGUUCGUUGACUACAACCACAUCUGUGAUUCCACCAUUGACCUCAUUCACUUCGACUUGGACAACAACUAACGACAACGGAGAACCAGUAACUGAGUCUGGAGUUAUUAUCGUGACUACUGACGCUGACGGCGCCUUGACCACCACGACUUCUCAGUUUGACCCAGACGGUACUGAUGCCCCUCCAUUUACGACUUUUACUUCCUCUUGGACAACCACCGAUGCAAAUGGUAACCCAGUUACUGAGUCCGGCGUGGUGAUCGUUACGACUGACGCUGAUGGAGCUUUGACUACAACUACUUCUCAGUUCCCUGCUGAAUCUACUCCAGACUCUCCACUUACGUCGUUCACUUCUACUUGGACUACUACUGACGAGAAUGGAAACAUUGAGACUGACUCUGGUUUGGUGAUUGUGACUACUGAUCCUGAAGGAAACUUGAUCACUUCAACCUCCCAGUUCCCUAAGGCUAGCGAUCCAGUCACCGACGGAGGAGCUUCUCAGACUGGAACUGAUGGUGGUGCUAUUGUGACAACCGACUCCGAUGGUUCUUUGACUACCAUUAUUCCUUCCGAUGGUGGUUCUGGUCCUGAUGGUUCCCAGACUGACUCGAAUGUGAUAGUCACCACUGACUCAGACGGCUCGUUAACUACCUCUACUCGUUCUGGCGGCGCUUCUCCAACAGACGGUGCUGCAACUGAUGGCCAGCAGACUUACGUGACUACUGAUGCUGAUGGUAAUGUUAUUACUACCACUGGUCCAGCUUUGACUGACUACACUUCGACUUGGGCUACUACUGACGAAAACGGCCAUAAGACUUCUGCCUCCGGAGUUGUGAUUAUUACUACUGAUUCCGAUGGUUCGUUGUACACCACUACUUCUGCGUUCGACACCAAGGACGGUUCUCAGACCGACUACACUACCACCAUCCACACCACUGAUCCUAAUGGUGAUGUGUUGACUAAGACUGUUGUUGUUUGUGAAACCACAGAUUCUGAUGGCUCCUUGACCACCACUACCUCUGUGUGCCCAGAGAGAACAACCUACGUUUCUACUAAGGAAGAUGGAUCUGAGACCACAGUGUCAGCCGACCUUAUCGAGACUACUAUUGACGGUGUUACUACUAUCUACACCUCGGUUUGUCCCGAACAAACCACGUUUGUUUCGACCAAGGAGGAUGGUUCUGAAGCCACUUUCACUGGCGACAUCAUCGAGACAACCAUCGAUGGCACUCCAACUUCCUUCACGUCUGUCCACUCUGCUCCAACUGUCAAGUCUACCUUCACAACGCAGUAUGAGACUACUAGAGAAGAUGGCCAUGUCGAGACUACCCUGGAUGUUGUGGUCGUUGGAACUGGUUCUGACGGCGUACCUUACACUUCCACUAUUGCAGGUGAAUCGGUUGCUCCUGGUGUGGCUCCUACUGGCACUGAAGCUGGCGGAGAUACCCCAGCCGACCAGACCACUUUCGAUACCGUUUACACGUCGACUGGCUCUGCAGCUCCACCAAACGUCUCCUCCUAUGAGGCUGGUGCCUCUUCAUCAAAAUUCAGCGCCAAAUGGUUGCUUCCUUUUGCUUUCUUUGCCAUGUUCUAA